CCAUUCUGCUAUUCUAUCUCAAGAAAACGAACGUCCUUCGAAGAUGCAAUGUAAAGAAGAGCUGAUUCAUUGAACUAAGACGAUGUGGUAUCUAUCGUUCGUUACAGUGCUGCUAUUGGGUGUUGGGUGCAAUGGCUCAAUCAGGAGGGAGGAUGCCUGCACAGUCUGCAAGGGCAGCAACUCCACGUGUCGACUGGUGUCCGGAAUCUUCACAAGACCUCAGCUGCCCAUGGGGUAUAACCUCAUCACUCAACUGCCUCAGUCUGCUUGCAACCUCACUAUCACAGAGCUCAAGCAGAGUAGGAACUACCUUGCCCUGCGAAGGAUUGACGGUAGUUUUGUCCUGAAUGGCAACUGGGCCAUCAAUUGGUCUGGGGACUUUGAGGCAAGUGGCACUCCCUUCUCCUACACCCGUGACGAUGACCACCACAUAGAGUCCAUCCACUCGCCCGGACCUCUCAUUGAACCUCUGGAUCUCAUGGUGAUAUACCAGCAGCCCAACCCUGGUAUCAAGUACCAGUACCAACUGCCCAUGGUACGCGCUGAACACGCUGCCAAGGAGUCAGUCAUUGCUCCACCUCUCCUCAGGCAUCCUGCAUCACCAAACCAUGUACCUGAAGAUCACAAAGCAGUUGAUAACGGAGUUAAUACAAGGCUGAACCACCCUGUGUUUCCAUAUGGUAACUCAGCCCCAGCCAGAGACAUACCCCCGUACGCUGGUGAUGAAGCAGUCAAGCCUCGACCCAAACGCAAACGGAAGUUUGCUUGGAAAAUCACAGGAUUUACUGAGUGUUCUAAGUCCUGUGGUGGAGGGAUCCAGACGGCUGUGAUUGCUUGUGUAAGAGAGCACAACCAGCUGACUGUGACCGAAAGACGAUGCGCUGCUUUCGAGAAACCAUCGCCCCAGAGUGUCCGAUGCAAUCUUAAACCGUGUGUGGCAGAGUGGGUAGGAGGAGAGUGGAGUGAGUGCUCAGUGACCUGUGGCGAGGGAGUACAGACUCGGGAAAUCCUCUGUCGCCAAGAGAUCACAACAACUUUGAUCAUGACUGUGGCUGAUGGAGCAUGUCUUACUCCCCCCUCCCCUCUACUACACAGGAUCCGAACUUGUCAACGACCUCCCUGCCCCCUCGACUCGACCCGUACUGACUACCCUCCUUCUGAUGCCCAGUGGCACAUGGGCCUCUGGAGUGAAUGCUCAGCAACAUGUGGACUGGGGGUAAGGACAAGGUCAGUUACAUGCCCCACCAGUGGCUGUAACCCAGCCGAUCGACCACCCGCUGAGUCAGUGUGUGAUAUGGGCCCCUGCCAGUCCCAUCCUGCAGUGGGAGCCCCUGACUCCUCAGACACGACACAGCCCCUGUGGUUUUAUACAGAGUGGACACAACAGUGUUCCGAAGGCUGUGGAACAGGGGUGCAGACACGCAAGGUGCACUGUUCAGCUGGGGAUUGGCAUCACUGUGCUGCCGACACACAGCCUGAUAGUUCACGUGCCUGUUCCAGUGACAAGUUAUGUGGCAGUCAGUGGUUCACUGGCCCCUGGGGUCAUUGCACGGUGAGCUGUGGAUGGGGCAGACAGAGCAGAAGUGUCAUGUGCCUCUCCAAGACUCAGGGACAUGUCAGUAUCAUCAAUGAGGACCACUGCUUGGCAGCAGAGAAGCCAGCCACUGAACAGCCUUGUCAGGUGGAGCCUUGUGAUGCUGAGUGGUACACUGCUGACUGGUCACAGUGUUCCAGGUCCUGUGACACUGGUGUAGAAAGGCGAGAGGUAAGAUGUCUGGAUGAGCGUCAGCAUGUCUCAGACAGAUGUCAAGAUCUCACUAAGCCCCCUUCCCGUAGAUCCUGUAACACUCACAAGUGUUCAGCAGCCUCUGGUAGUCAUGUAGAGUCUGAAACUCAAAAGACUACACAGAGUGACAGUGACAGUCAUUUUGGGAAAGCAGGAGAUCAACCCCAACAGCCACCCCCACCUUCCAUCUCAGAUGAUCCUGGGUGUUCGGAUAAAUUCCACAACUGUCAUCUGGUAGUGCAGGCACGCCUGUGCAAAUACAAAUACUACCGCAGUUCCUGCUGCCAGUCAUGCCACAACAAGCUUUAGUCAGCUGUGGCCACCAGUGUCACCAACCGAACUUCCCAUUCCACGUCCAACAUGUACUAUACAACCAGCAUUUAAUGUCUCCAUGUAAAGAUCGAACGUUAACUACUACAUGUAUUUGAAAUAUUGAUUCUAAUAAUAACCAUGUAUGUAAUUUUUUGUACAUUUUAUAUUUCCUCUUAAUUUAUGUAUGUAAGGAAUUGUUCUAUUUAAAUUGUUAAUAUGUAUAUUGAAGUAUGUUUCUUUAGUAUGUUAUGAUAAAACCGUACAUAGUGUAGGUGUAAACACUCUUAGUGUAAUACAAGAAGUAUUAUGAAAAUAAUUUUAAAAAUCUUUAGAAACAUCUGCUUGUAGGCUUGUGAUUCUCAUUAUGCUUAAGUAAUGUUAGGAUUUUGGUAAAUUUUUAAACUGCAUGUAUGUGUACUCUUUUGUCAGUCGUGUUGACUUAUUUGUUAUAACUUCCAGAUUGUUUGCCAAUGCAAAACAUAGUCAUAUCCGAUGUUCAGAUGCAUAUACUUUACAAUAUUGACAACUUUUUUUCAUUACAGAAAACGACUGUUGUCAAUCUAAAGUUUGUACAUAGUUUUAUGAAUAAAUUUUGUGAAAUACU